CCUCACCACUACUGACCUCUUGGCUGUUAACUGUGUUUGCACAUUGCAUGGUCGGUUGCUAUUCUCGUGAGAGAGAGUUUCUCGGACUGACCGCUAGCUGCCUAUUUUCCAUUCUGGCUUCUCAGAAUGAAUAAGUAUGUGAUAUUCCACGUCGCAGGAGAGAGAUACUCGUGACCACAUCGGUCUUGAAAAUUAGAUUACAGCGUCUGAACUACACAUUUCGUAGCUAGAAUCGGGUACUUAGCUGGAGCUUCGAUGCUCUGGCAGGGGCUCGAUGCUUUUGCUACAAUUCCCUCCGAGGCUUCAAGAAAGUGAUGACCCUGGUGCUAUUAUUACGGAAAACCGAAGUGAUGGCGACGAGAGGUUGACAAUGUAACUAUGGUUUGAAGAUAUUCAAGUGGGUCUUUUCUGACCAAUGCGGCCUUUUCUGGGUAUGAAGGUGGGCUUUCAUCAUGUUGAUACGUGAACCAGCUUAUCUUCCAACGUUCGUGACAUGUCAGGGACUUCACGAAAAGUUCAAGAAUGUUUUAUCUAUAACUGUACAGUCUAUAGUGUCCGAUUCGUCUCGUGGCCUGCUUCGAAGCGCUUAAACCUUUGUAGGAAUACUGUGCACCUAGCAGCUUCCAAGUUAGGGUUAAAAUGGCAGUGCAGAAAUUGGCUACGGAGUUGGGCCACCGCUAUUGAGUUCACUGUCUAACUUCGCCGUUUAGGUGCUUUAGUGACGAGGGCCUGUCUAGCAGUCAUGAAGAGUGAUACGGUGUCGGAUAGCGCAAGCGCACCAUUACUGAGCGACCUGGGAGGAAGCUGUACCGAUGUUGAGGCAAACGCAUCUGAAAAGCUAUCCAUAGACGACAUGCUCAGCAAAUACGUCGGAGACUUCGGUCGGGCGCAGCUCGUUCACUUUGUGAUAGUCAGUCUCGCAUGGUCUCUGGAAGGGUUGCACACCUUCGCGACGAUCUUUGCCGACAGGGUACCGGAGUGGCAAUGUCGACCAUCUGUGAACUUGUGGUCUCCAUCGAACUCAACCCUCGGAGCAAGUGCCGGGCCACUGAACAUGGAAUGUUCUCCUUCAUCUUCUAUCUGCUCCAUGGAUCCUAGUUUAUGGGAAUGGGUUGGAGGCAAAGGAGUUUCGAUCGUCUCAGAGUGGGGUCUUUUCUGCGGAGACGAGUACAAAGUUGGGUUGGCACAGUCGGCAUUCUUCGUUGGAGCUUUUGUGGGUGCGGGAAUAUUUGGCCAUUUUUCGGACUCGUUUGCUGGUAGGAAAGGCACGCUGUUCCUCGCUUGUGUUUGUACGGCAUUAUCAGGUUUGGCAACUGCAUCUGUCCACUCCUACUGGGUCUAUGUGGGAAUUCGCUGGCUAACAGGCGCCACCUGCAGCGGCAUAGGACUCUCAAGCUUCGUGCUGGCAACUGAACCAAUUGGUCCUUCAAAACGAGGCCAGGUCGGUAUGUCAGCCUUCUAUUUCUUCUCUUUUGGCAUUAUGACCCUUCCUGUCUUUGCCUAUUUCUCCACAUCAUGGCGCCACCUCUAUUUCGUCACUUCCAUUCCAGCCCUUCUCUAUUGCACUUUGGUGGUGCCCACAAUUUGGGAGUCACCACGCUGGUUUCUCGUCCAAGGCCGCAUCAAAGAUGCAAUGGAGGUCCUUGGAGCAUUUGCCAAGCGGAACGGGCGUAAUCCCAUACCCGAGGGAGCAGUUUUGGAGAUAGAAAAUGAGGAAGCUUCAAAAUCAGUAGCAUUAGAGUCCAUUGAUGUUAGCGAAGACUACUCUCCUAAAGCUUCUGGAACCCUGCUGAUGGUGCUCAGAAACCCCGCCACUCGAUCCCGAAUGCUCAUCAUGGUGGUCAUAUGGUUUUUGACCGCAGUCGUUUACUACGGCAUAACCCUCAAUGUUGUCAACCUAGGGACAAACUUAUACAUCGGAGUGUUCUUAAACGCCAUAAUCGAGUGGCCUGCAUUUGUCAUCACCGCAGCUGUCCUGGACAGAUUUGGGAGAAGGUCUAUGCUAGUAUCAGCCAUGGUUCUUAGUGGACUAUGCUGUCUUGCUGGUAGCGUUCUAUACAUUGAAGACGGAGCAAAUACAGGCUCAUCAGAUGGACUGAGAGACUUGUUUCCCAACUUGACUCCAGUUGGGUCCCAGUCAUACCGAGAAAGUGUUAUCCUCUGGUAUUCUUCUCUAGGAGCUGGCAUCGGAGUUUACAAAGUGCUGAGAAUCAUCUGCAGUACUGUAGGAAUCUUCGGAAUGGCUGGAACAUACAACCUGAUCUACAUUUAUGCCUCGGAGCUGUUUCCGACUGUGGUGAGGAAUGCGGCGCUGGGGCUCUUGACGCAAGCGUCUGGGAUUGGGUCGAUCAUUGCGCCCGUUGUGGUCGUUUCCGGGCGUUUCAACUCAGCGCUGCCUUUUGCAACUUUUGGGAUCAUGGCCAUACUCGGUGGGGUUUUGUCGCUAGGACUUCCGGAGACCCUGCACAAGCCCAUGUUUGAGACUUUGGAAGGCCUGGAGAGGAGUGAGAAAGGCGUAAUGACAAACUAGCUGUGCAUUGUGCUACCCAGCACAGCUUUGCACAUAUCUCUAGCUAGAAAUGGCUGCGUGGAUCGUCGUCACAAUUUUGUACGAAUUAGGAUCCUUUUGCCUUAUAAUCAAAUUCAUAGUGAAGAAUUAGUGAAGAGUUUGCUGUACCUAGAUGUAAAGUUCUUAGAGGAAUUGAGCCACCGUUAAGCGUCAUCACCUCAUGACAAAUUCAUAGUUUCACAUGACGUUAUCUCAUGUAUUCAA